AUGUGGACCACGGCGGAGGAGCCCGCCUCGUGCGUGGCGCAGCUGAGGCACCGCGUGCCGCGCGCCGCCGGUGUCACGCCCGGGCACUACCGGCUGGUCGGGGACAAGGGAUGUGCUGGAUACCAGGAACUGUUGGGACAGAGUGAGGGGUUUCAAAAGGCUUCUUCGGUGAACUGUGACAACCGUGUGUGUUACGCCCGGACACUACCGGCUAGUCGGGGACAAGGAGUUGCAGCUCCGCAACGUGCGCGGUCGCCGCAACUUCCAAUUGUCGUGGCGGCGUUAUUCUGUGUGUUCACGUCGCGAUCAGUGGACGCAGUUCGAGUUGUCCCCGAACAAGUUUCCGCCGUUCUCGUUCAGUCGCGUGCGCACAUACACCGCCGAGACUACUGCGCCGCUGCUCUGUACACACUCAUAGGUGAGUUGGGAAUGAGGGAGAGAGGGGGAGGGGAUUGA